AUGAUUUUUGAACCAGCAGAGAGAACACUGCUUCCCACCAAGGAUUUAUUAUCUUACAUUUUCGACGACCCAUCGUAUGACCAGAAUCAGCCAAUCUACAUCGACGUUCACAAUCCUACACGAUCAAUUUCAUGUUACCAGGCGCGAAAGCUGAUUCGUCAGCUCAUCGCCGGCCUACGGGCAUCUGGUCUACAAAAAGGCGAUUGUGUUCUAAUUCAUUCAUUCAACGACAUCAAUUAUAGCAUUCUGGUCUUGGCGAUCAUCGGAGCUGGUGGCAUUUUCACGGGUUCCAACCCUUCUUACACUUCACAUGAACUUGCACAUCAUAUUAAAGCCUCGCAAAGCAAGUUCAUUUUCUCAGAACCCGAGAUCUUGAAUUCUCUGCUUCACGCAGCGAGACAGGCAGAUAUACCCCGAGAGAAUAUUUGGAUAUUUGACAACUUGAAUCAACCUAUACCCAAUGGAAUGCUAUCGUGGAAAUCUCUAUUUGAUCUUGGUGAGGAGGACUGGGUGCGAUUCAACAAUUUGGAUACCGCUCAGCAGACUACAGCGGCACGGUUGUUUAGUAGUGGCACUACUGGACUGCCGAAAGCUGUGACUAUCACCCAUUACAAUCUGAUUGCACAGCAUGAGCUUGUUUAUGGCGUCAAUCCGCGUCCUUAUUCGAUUUCUCGGAUCAUUGCAGUGCCAGUGUUCCAUGCAUCUGCAGCUCCCGUAACGCAUAUAUCGACACUCAAAGCCGGAGCGGUAGUUUACAUGAUGCGCCGAUUUGACCUUGAGAAAUAUCUCCAAACAGUCGAAAAGUACAGUAUCACUGAUCUUGCUAUGGUCCCACCUAUCGUGAUAGCUAUCCUGAUGUCACCUCUUUCCCAAAAGCGGCCUUUCCUCAAGAAGACUCGUUUUGCUGCUUGCGGAGCGGCUCCUUUGGACAAAGGCAUCCAAGCACGGUUCCGCUCGCUGAUGGGUGGCAAUGAUCCGUUUACCCAAGUAUGGGGAAUGACCGAGACGUCAUGUGUUGCGACCAUGUUCCCUUAUCCAGAACAUGAUGAUACGGGGUCCGUUGGGCGACUUAUACCGAACCUUGAAGCCAAAUUGAUCGAUGAGGAAGGUAACAAUAUCUCAGCAUAUGGCGUUCGCGGCGAGCUAUGUGUCCGAGGCCCUACCGUCACACCGGGGUAUUUCAACAAUCCCGAAGCCAAUUCGGAGACUUUUGACUCCGAUGGUUGGUUCAAAACCGGCGAUAUUGCAUUUUGCGAUCAGAGUACCAGGAAAUGGUAUAUCGUGGAUCGUAAAAAGGAACUGAUCAAAGUGCGCGGCUUUCAGGUGGCACCACCGGAGCUCGAAGCGGUGCUUUUAUCGCAUCCACAGAUCGUUGAUGCAGCAGUUAUUGGAAUCACCUUUCCUAAUGCUGAUACCGAGUUUCCGCGUGCCUAUGUGACUCGACGACCUGGAGAUUCUGGUUCCGAGUUGACGGAGGAAGAAAUACAGAAUUACGUUCUUGGGCAUCUUUCAAAAUACAAAGCACUAACUGGGGGUGUAAAAUUUGUUGGUGCAAUUGCGCGGAACCCAAGCGGCAAGAUAUUGAAGAGAGUCUUGCGUGAAGAUGCAAAGAUGGAAAUAGAGGCUGGGCUUUUGAAGCCUAAGCUUUAG